AUGUCAUCCAAUGAGUGGGAGGAGGCAGACUCAGUGGAAGGCAUGGAUAAACAAGGAUUAGUGGGAAGGAACACUUGCUCUCUUUCUCUCCGGCCCCGACCACUUUGGUAACACCCAACAGCUGUCAACUGAAAAUGGAAAACAUCGCCUCAUACAGGUGUCCCAGAUAGGCCGCGACGGUAGCAGCCCGAUCUGCAUGUCGCUAUGGAGGACCAGGGGGAUCCCGUGGAGAGGGACCACGAUCUGUCCGUGGUGCUGCCCUCGGGGCUGGAGAGGACCGUCACGGUGCACGGCAGUAAACCCGUGAUAGACCUGCUAGUCACGCUGUGUGCAAAGUACCACCUCAACCCCUCCGACCACACCGUGGAGAUCCUGUCGCACAACAAGAACAACGUCUGCUUCAAACCCAGCUCUCUGAUUGGCUUGCUGGAGGCAGACACCAUCGUGCUGAAACCUAAAGUGUCCGAGGACAAGGCCAGGAGGCCUUAUACGCCGGAGGCGACGGUCCGUCUCCUGGUGAACUACAGGAAGUCUCAUAAGACGGUGGUGCGUGUGAGUCCCCGCGUGCCGCUAGAGGACCUGGUGUCGGCCAUCAGCCAGAAAUGCGAGUUCCAGCCGGCGUCGACGGCUCUGCUGAGAGACUCCCUGACCCAGGAGCCUUUGGACCUGAUGAAGUCCCUUAAUGACCUGGGGAUCAGGGAACUGUUUGCCAAAGAUACAGCCGCAGCAGCGGAAGCGUCAUUGGAGGUCCUCCACGCAUCCGAGACCCCCAAGACGGAUCCACCAACAGUCGUUGACAUGUUUGACACAGGGUGUGGGGAAGGCCAGCAGCCUUCCCGAAACGAGAAGAAAAGGGGGGGAAACAUCGGAUUCCUCAGUUUGUUCCGGAGAAAGAAGGACAAGGACGGCCGGGUGUACAUGCCUGUGUCUCAGGAUCUCCAGGAGGCUCCAUCAGUCAGGGCCAGCACCUUGGGACUCUGCUCCCCCGACCCGUCCACGCCCUGCACCACCAAGAAGAGGCCUGCCCCGCGGCCGCCAAUAGUGGCGUCCCGGAGCGUGCCCGACAACAUCAGCGGCCUCCGGGUCACAGAGCCCCAGAGCUCAGCCAACACGACCUUGAGGAGGACCAAGAGGAAAGCACCGCUACCUCCCUGUGCCGGUUCCCAUGCCAGCCUGCCUGCUGACACUGAAGGGAGUGCAGGGAUUUCUAACUCCGAUCGCACAUGGGAGUUGAGGCCGCAGGGCGACUCCGCCGACAGCAGCAGAACGGGCUCCCCUCUCCCCUCCUCUUCAUCAACCUCCUCCUCUUCGACCAUCUCCUCCUCUUCCACCCAGCUCCUGCCACCACCCCCGGACGACGGCUGCCACUCAGGCCCGAGCUCUUUGCCCGAACCCCAGCGUGCGGGCAAAGUGUUCUCUCAGGGUCACUCCGUCCUCUCCCAGAUCAUCAACUCCUCCCUGUCCAAUGGGAAGCUGCCGAACCGACGUCGUGGAGACGCUUCCUUCUCGAAACCACACGGCGAAGAAGGCCACGAGGAUGUCUCCCUUACCCAUGAGCCAUUGCUGGGGCCCAGGUGUCUGAUUGGUGGGCAAGGUGGCAUCCCCCCACACCCAGAGGUGUGGGGGGAUGCGUUGCAGAGGAAGGGCAUGACCACGUUCAAGGUGGUGCCCGCAAAGAAGCACCGCCUCUACGAGGUGGAUCAGGGCCUGGUUGUCCCGGACGACCGGAUAUCGACCGCCAGAUGGGACCCGGAGGACGGGGAGAGCCGGGCCGACGGUGACCCCCCAGGGAGCCCGGAGCACCGGACCUCUUCUCCGGCCGCCGGGGGUCCCGUGGCCGACGGGGGGGCCCGGGUCUCGCUGAGCGCAGACUCCGACGGGGUCCGGGGAGAGGUAGACGUCUCUCAGGCGGAGGUGGCCGGUCCCGCCCCGCAAGACUCUGGAUCUCAAGACGGGAGCGCGGAGGUGGACCGGCCCGGUCCUGAACCCGAGACACGGGCUGUCCAGGUGGAGGAGGACGAGGUGGUCCGCGACACGGAGGCCAAGGUGUCGGUCCACGAGGCGGUGGUGGUGAAAGACAAGGGGGUCCAAAAGGAGGAGAACCAGGAGGAGGGGGACUACGACGAAGUCCCCGAUGAAGACGACGAGCAUUUCCCUCCGCCUCCUCCGCCCGUUGCCUACGACGACCAGGACGGCGUGCCAGACGAACGAUCCACCCUGCUCCGGUCGUCUUCGGCUCUUCCUCCCCCUCCCCCACCCUCCUCUUCCACCCAGACCCCUGGCGGUCCGGGGACCCCAACGAAGGACGCCUCGUCCCCCCUGAAGAGGGUGAGCACGGCCCCGUCCCGCUUCGCCCAGGCGGUGGCCCUGGCGGUGCAGAGGACGCGCUCGGCCCAGGUCCAGGGGCGUGGCUACGGGAGCCUGUUCAGGAGCCGCUCCGGAGCCAACCCAGUGCCCUCCUGGCUCCCCCAGUCUUCGGUCAACAGCGGCUCCUGCCCGGGGUGACCUGAAGUGGGCCACAGGUGGCCAUGGAGACAGAGCCUCACCCGGUUAGCCUUGAGUGACUUCAUUCAAAAUGUCUGUCAUCUUUGAAAUGUUUUUCCUUUUCUUAACAUUUUUAGUUUUGGCACGCUAUGGAUUGUCCCGUCCCGUGUUUGUGACUCUUGUUCACACGGGGAACGUAAACAUUACUUUUUGUUAUAGACAUGACCAAAGGUAUGGCACGCUAGAGGCUGAGCGCAUAGCUUCCUGUUAGAGCCUCACUUCCUGUUUGCUCCUUUUACUUCCUGUUUCAGUUUCUCUUAAGAGAAUGUAUGCGUGACAUGAAAGUAUCUAUUUUGUUUUGUUUCGGGGGCUUUUCUUGUGUUUCAAGAUAAACACAAUGUGGACCUGAGGUCAAAUGUUGCUUUCGACAAUGUAUUUGCUUUUUUUAUGCUGUAAAAUAGAGUGGAAGUGAACCUAUGUUUAACAUACAAGGCUAUAAAAUGCAAGUGUGUUUUCAGCCACUCGAUGGCAGUGUUGGCUGCUGAUGAACAUGGGGCUCAUGUGUUGUAUGAAAGCUUCCAGAGACACUGGUUAUGGCUUAAUAUAUAUAACGGCGUCUUUCAGUGUUGGCCUAAGUAAAGCAUUAUAUGCAAUGUGUAAAAAAUGCACUCUAAUUUAAUUUCAAAGCACAUUUCCAUGUCCAUGCAAUAUUGCAAAGAGAUUUCACACAUACAUAUUCAUAUAUAAAUAUAGACUAAUAAACCUCAUGGUGGAUGUGAAUAAAUGUGAUGAUGGCAAAAAAAAUAAAUAAACCAAUAUAACAACAAUGAGCCAA